AUGGGUAAAAAAGAGAAGCAGGGCAGAAUCAAGAGUCUCCUCAAGGAUAGAAACAUAGAUAUUGUUUGUUUUCAAGAAACAAAAAGGGCAGUUAUAUCUGAUGUUGAUGCUAGAAGGCUAUGGGGAAGUAAAAACAUGGAAUUUAUGUCCGUAGAUCCUGAAGGAAUUGCCGGAGGCCUUUUAUGUAUCUGGGAUCCUGCUGUCUUUACACUCUCUGGCUGUUGCUGCCAUAGGAGAGCUUCCUUUUGGGAUAAUAUUUUAAAGCUUAAGACUUCUUUCCCCAAUCCUUGGUGCAUGGCUGGAGACUUCAAUGAAAUUGGACACAUCAAUGAAAGAGUUGGUUGCUCUAGGAGGGAUAGGGGAAUGAAACACCUCAAUGAUUUCAUUGGUAAUAGUGAGCUUCAUGAUCUACCACUUCAUGGAAGGAAAUACACUUGGUGCAAUGCCCAUGAAUCAGAGAAAUGGAGCAGAAUUGAUAGAGUCUUGCUAAGCUCUGAAUGGCUGAUUAAUUUCCCAAUGAAAUUAUGGGGAUUACCUAGGUUAAUUUCAGAUCACUGCCCAUUAUUAAUGAUGGAAGAUGUUAGAGAUUGGGGGCCAAAGCCUUUCAAGUUCCUAAAUGCGUGGACUCUUCACCCCAGCUUUUCUCAGCUAUUUGUCUCAUCAUGGUUAGGUAACACUAUUGCUGGUUGGUCUGGUUAUAUUCUUUCCCAAAGCUAA